CGAACUCUUAACAGAAAACAGUCACCACCAAACCCUCUUCUUAACUCCCAUCAUUAUUUCCCUUUUUUAUUAUUUAUCUAUAAUCCAAAUUCUAGGGUUUGUGAAUUACUCCAAUUCGACAAAAACGACGACGAGAAUGCCACAGAAUGGGAAAUUGAUGCCGAACAUUGAUCAACAGAGCACAAAGCUCCUUAAUUUAACAGUUCUUCAACGAAUCGAUCCUUUAGUUGAAGAAAUUCUCAUCACUGCUGCUCAUGUCACUCUCUACCAGUUCAAUAUCGACCUUACCCAAUGGAGUCGGAAAGAUGUCGAAGGAUCUCUCUUUGUAGUUAAAAGCAGGAAUAUGCAACCUAGGUUUCAGUUUAUUGUGAUGAAUCGCCGGAAUACAGAUAAUUUGGUGGAAAAUCUUUUGGGAGAUUUUGAGUACGAGGUUCAGGUUCCGUAUCUUCUGUAUCGAAAUGCAGCCCAAGAAGUGAAUGGUAUUUGGUUUUAUAAUGCACGCGAGUGUGAAGAGGUUGCUAAUCUUUUUAGCAGGAUACUUAAUGCAUACUCCAAGGUGCCUCAGAAGCCAAAGGUAUCACUAUCAACAACAAAAAGCGAGUUUGAGGAAUUAGAAGCUGUACCAACUAUGGCAGUUAUGGAUGGUCCUCUGGAGCCAUCAUCUGCAAGUGCUUCGGUUGUCUCCGAUGUGCCUGAUGAUCCUGCCUUUGUGAACUUCUUUAGUACAGCUAUGACAAUUGGGAAUGCAUCAGCUGCUGCAGUUGCUGGACAGUCUUACCAAUCCUCAAUUCCAAUUCCAUUACACUCCCAACUGACUAGUGUUGCCUCCAGCACCAUGCCCACCUUGCAAAUACCAUCUACUCCUUUAUCAGCAUCAAUUCCUUUAAUGCCACUGCUUGAUGUCUCUGAUGUCAGCAGCAGCAACAACCGGACAGCUAACCUUGUAAAGCCUUCUUUUUUUGUUCCUCCAUCUUCUACUCGGAUGAUGCCACCUGUCUCUUCUUCUAUGCCUACUGCUCCUCCACUUAAUCCUCCUACAAGUCUACACCGCCCAUAUGGUGCUCCAUUGCUUCAACCCUUUCCACCACCCACUCCUCCACCAUCUCUCACUCCUGCUUCUGUUCCCAGUCCAAAUCAUGGGCCAGUUAUCAGCAAAGACAAAGUCCGAGAUGCACUACUGGCACUUGUUCAGGAUGAUCAAUUCAUUGACAUGGUUUAUCGUACCCUUCUGAAUGCACACCAUUCUUGACCGAUUGGAAUGGGACAUGACGAUCUACUCAUCGGAGUUUUUUGUUCUAUAUGUUGUGUAGUUCUUUCCCCCUUCUAAAAAUCUGAACUGAAGGAUCCCAUCUGUAUAGCAUUUUGCUUUCUACGUCUUCGGCUUCCACGAGUACUUUUCUAUGAUAGAUAUUCUGUUUAUUUGUUUUUCUAUGGCUCAUCAAAUAUAUUUUUUCAAAUUAAA